UUCGAAGCGGGGAGGGAGACGACGGAGCAGGCAAGGGCAGCCACAUCAUGAUGAUGAUGUGAUACCGGGCAAAAGCAGCCAACCCCUCUCUGUCUCUCUAUUAUUUAGGGAGGAGAGGGAGACAGGGAGAGGGCCUUCCGGGUGGAACUUUUGUUGCGGAGAGAAAGCUGUUCCAGAUGAACAUGAGGCGCAGAGUAGCCACCUCUUGAGAGGAGGAACUCGCUGGUCGCCACCGUCACCCUCCCCCUUUGCUUGCUACGCUGAGUUAUGGAGUCUGGGUUCCCUCCGACUCGCGACCUCGGGUUCGGGUUUGAAGCCGAACCCGGGAACCGACCGGAGGAUGCGGGCCUCUUGAAGCGCUCCCUCACGGAAAUGGAGGAGCGGAGGCGGCAACAGCUGCAGCAGAUGCCGUUCCUCCGCUCGGUGAAGCAGCGAACUCAUCUCGCCUCCCCCGUUGGCCGCCUCGCUUCACCCGCUCGUCUUCCCACUCCGUUGAAGUCGACUUCCUCUUUGACCACGGUCUCCUCCGAGCUUGCGCCCCAGAGGAGAGCCGAUUUCGGACCGGAUAAGGGGUCGGACGCGAUGAGGAACCGGCUCCAGGAGCUGGAGCGGCGGCUCCUACUGGACGACGAGGAGGACGAGACCUGCGCCUCCGGUUCCGCCCUGACCGGCGCCGAAUGGAGGGGCCAGGAGGUGCAGCAGAUCAUCUUCCCGCCGCCGCCGCCGCCGCCGGGCCUCGCAGCCGCGAAGAAGCUCUUGCCGUCGCCGACCAACUCGGCCUCCUCCACUGUCUCUUCCUCCGCCUCGUCCUCCCCUCCACCGCCUUCGUUCACGCCUCCUCCUCCGUCAUCAUCUUCUUCCUCUUCACGGCACGUGCUCCUCGACGCUGCGGCGUCCAUCGCCGACGGUAACCUCGAGGCUGCGGAGGCGAACCUCGCCGUGCUGAAGCGCUCAGCCAACCCACGGGGCGACGCAGAACAGCGGUUGACUGCAAUGAUGUUCGCCACUCUCCUUGCUCGACUCAAUCCUCCUCGAACCGGGAGAUCUAAAGCGAUCGCGGAGCUGUGCAGCGGGGAGCACUUGGCCGCCACCCAGAUGCUCUACGACCUUUCGCCCUGCUUUAAGCUCAGCCUGAUCGCCGCCAAUUUUGCAAUUCUGGAGGCCGUCAAGGACCAACCCAAGAUCCAUAUCGUCGAUUUGGAUGUUGGCCAGGGCCGGCAGUACGAUGCCCUCAUCCACGCCCUCGCCGACCGUCAUCGCUGCCGGCCCUCCUCCGCCCGCCCUCCAGCCGUUAAGAUCACCGCCGUCGCCGAUCCCACAACCUUGCUAUACGGCAACUACGACGCCUCUAGCCUGAGCGAAGUUGGCGGUCGAAUCGCUAAGCUGGCGGAGCGGGCCGGCGUGGGGCUCCGUUUCACCAUCGUCUCCCGGCGGGCGUCUGAGCUGGACGCGGCGUCGCUGGGGUACGAGCCCGGCGAGGCCCUGGCUGUGAACCUGGCGUUCGUCCUCUCGCGUGUGGCCGACGAGAGCGUAUCGCCGGCGAACCCCCGCGACGAGCUUCUCCGGCGGGUGCGCGCUCUCCGCCCGGCUGUGGUGACGCUGGUGGAGCAGGAGAUCAACACCAACACCGCCGCCUUCUCCGGGCGGUUCGCUGAGGCGUGCGGGCACUUGGGGGCGCUGCUGGAGUCGCUGGACGCGACGGUGCCGCGGGAAAGCGGCGAGCGAGAGCGGGUGGAGGCCGGGUUGGCUCGGCGGGCGGUGAACUCGGUAGCCCGGGAGGGCGCGGACCGGGUCGAGCGGUGCGAGGUGUUAGGGAAGUGGCGUGCGCGGAUGAGCAUGGCCGGUUUCCAACCCGUCCCGGUCGGACCAGGAGUUUCGGAACCGGUGAAGGCGCGGCUCGCGUCAUUCCGGUCCAAUCCUGGGUUCACGAUCAAGGAUGAGGCCGGCGGGGUCGCGCUCGGGUUCGGUUGGAUGGGUCGAGUCCUCACCGUGUCCUCCGCGUGGCGUUAAGCCCCCCCCCCCCCCACCCCAUCUAUCAUUUAUAUUAUUAGCAGCAGCUUAAAUACAAUUUGUAACGAUAGCAAUAGUUGGGCUGUUACCAACUUCUAUGGUUUUAUUUCCAGUAGAACUCAUAUAUUGUUGAUCGGCUAUGACUAUAAUCCCGGUUUAAUCUACGUAGCUCGAGAAUAAA